AUUCAUGAGGACCGGACUCAAAAUAGAGAAGAAGGAGCAGGACUACCGGAAAUGGAGCUUUUCGCACCGCUAGCGGCACAAUCUUUGGAAACCACCACACGCCUUCAGCAUGCACUGCAGGCCGAAAAUAAUGAAGAAGCGGGGUUACCAGCAAUCGAACUAGCUGUUCCUCCAUUGACUCAGUCUAGAGGGGCUACCGUAAGCCCUUACUUAAAACCGCUACUUUCGGCACUACAGCGUGAACAUGAGGCUCUGGAGGAGCACGUUCAAGGCAAAGAAGAAGGAGAAGGACUACCAGAAAUUGAUUUGCCUGCUCCGCCGUCAGCGCAAUCUACCUUCACACGCCCUCACCUGACACCAUCAGCACCAAAACAGCCAUCUCAAACAUUACAACGUGAACCUGUUCUUAAGGAGAGGGGUCAAAGCGGAGAAGAGGGAGCAGGAUUACCUGAAUUCGAACUAGCUCCAAAACCGCCCACUCCAGCAGAACCAAUCAAACCUCCUCGUAAGGAGAAGACUGAAAGAGAAGAAGGAGCAGGUUUACCUGAACCUCCUAAGGAGACUGAAAGAGAAGAAGGAGCAGGUUUACCUGAAGUUGAACUGGCCCCAAAAUUUUCACCACCAGCGGUAGAACACAAACCUGCUCGAAAGAAGACGCAAAGUGGGGAAGAGGGAGAGGAGAUACCAGAAGUUGCACUUUUUCUUCCGCCAUCAGCGCAGUCUGCAGAGACUACGGCACCCUCUCACGUUCCACCAUCGGAACUGCAGCGUGAACCUGUGCUCGCUUCAAAUGAGCAAACUCAGAGUAAAGAAGAAGGAGGAGGAUUACCUGAAGCCGAUCUGUUUCUUCCGCCUUCAGCGCAGUCUACAAAAGCUACCACUAUUCACCUAAAACAGUCAUCUCCAGCAUUACGACGUGAACCUGCGGCCUAUAAGGGGCAAUUUGAAAGCAGAGAAGAGGGAACAGGAUUGCCUGUACUCGGACUAGCUCCGCAAUCGCCAGCUCCAGCAUCGCAACAACUCCGUGAAAAGUCCAGUCAAGGUGUGCAUGAGGGAGAAGGACUACCAGAGGCGGAUCUGUAUGCUCCUCCGUCGGGUCGAUCUAUAGAGACUACUGCACGUCCCCACUCACGUUCCUUACACUCGCCGGCACAGCAACGUGAUUCUGUGGGACUCCUCUGUCCUAAGUUGCUUCUGAUCAAACAAGCUUCUCAUACACAGGUUCAUGAGCAGCAGACCCAAAACAGAGAAGAGGGAGCAGGAUUGCCAGAAGUUGAUCUGUUUGCUUCCACGUCGGCUCAACCUACAAAAGCAACUGGUUUACCUCAUAUGAAACCGUCACUGUCAGCAAUUGACCAUGAAUCUGUGGGUGUCUUUUGUUGUUAG